AUGGCAGUGGCCCCCCAGCAGCGCAAUGCGCCAUGCCACCCCGCCAAAACUGGUCAGGAGUGGCCUGAAGAAUGUGACAGAGUGCCCAAGGGUCCUCCUAACUACAGCACAUAUGCAGGUCUGCACAGUAAUCAGAUUCUCACCGUCAAGAUGGUCUUCCCCAGAUAUGACCAUGGUUUUCUCUCUGGAGAGCAGUCCGGUAGCUUUCAGAGACGCUUUCUGAAGGGUGACCAAGGCCAGGCUGGACCUGCUGGUCCUCCCGGUCCCCCAGGCCCCCCUGGCCCCCGAGGCCCCCCUGGGAACACAGGCAAGGAUGGCCCACGUGGCCCUGCUGGCGAGCCGGGUUUCCCAGGUCGUGAUGGUGUAGAGGGGCCACAGGGAUUGCCUGGGAAGCCGGGAGAAGAUGGUGAGCCUGGCUAUCCAGGACCACAGGGUCCUCCAGGAGCGAAGGGCGAGGCAGGUAUGGGAGAAAAAGGAGAAAGAGGCAUGGAUGGAAUCCCAGGAUUCAAGGGGGACAAAGGGGAAUCAGGAGAGCAAGGACCACAGGGACCCAUGGGUUAUCCCGGCGAAAAAGGCGCCACAGGCUCCUCAGACGUCAUCGACUUCAACGGGAAGCUUCUAGAUGCUUUCCAGGGCCCACCUGGACCACCUGGACCCCCAGGCCCUUCAGGAGAAAAGGGUGAACUUGGUUUACCUGGGCCUGCAGGAGUCGAUGGGGAGAAGGGACCUAAAGGUGACAUGGGUGAGACAGGACCUCCUGGCGAGCGGGGAGAGAAGGGAGAGAUGGGGCUGUCUGGGCCUACUGGUAUGGACGGACACAAAGGAGAGAAAGGCGACUGCAGAAUGGAUGAUAACCUGGUUCAGAUGAUUUCCCAGCCAGGCCCACCUGGCCCACCUGGCCCACCAGGAGUCCCUGGGUCCCCUGGAUCUAUGGGGCUGCAUGGAAUGCCUGGUCCUAAGGGUGAGCCUGGAUUUGGAAUAAAGGGAGAGAAGGGGGACUUGGGUGCUCCUGGACCCAGAGGAUUAGACGGUGGCCCGGGCUUAACUGGGCCUGCAGGGUUGGUGGGUCUUCCAGGUGCGAAGGGAGAAAAAGGCAGACCAGGGGAGCCUGGACUAGACGGUUUCCCAGGCCUGAUGGGAGAGAAAGGUGACCGAGGGGAAAGAGGAGAUAAGGGUGACAGGGGAGGAGUGGGAAAGAGGGGUCUAAAGGGCCAGAAGGGAGAGCAGGGUCCUCCGGGCUUGGACCAGCCUUGUCCUGUGGGCUGUGAUGAGACUAAAGGUGUGUCUGAGGAGGCAGGGCUUUCUUCCGCUCCACCUCCACCUCUUCCUCCUUCCGGCCCUGAGGCCCCCUGUCCUGUGGGACAAGACGGGCUGCCCAUACCAGGCUGCUGGCACAAGGAGGAAAUGGCAAGACAGAAGCUCAAACGCAAGCGUCUCUCUCAGCCCUAAAGGGGCUCAGGGCCUGGUGGAGAAAGGACACAUAGACGGGCAGAGAGCUCAAGGGGCAGACUGGCCUUUAUGAGGCAGAGCAAGCCAUGUCAUGCCUCAAGUGUCACACCGAACACUCAGAUCCUCUGUUAUGGAAACUCUCCAGGAGGGGGCGGCAGAGAACCCUGCAUUUCCACAUUCACCUGAGAAGCGAAGACACACCUGUGGCUGAUGAUGUUGCGCGACAGCUUGACAACCGGUCGAAGUUAUUUGACGUCACUGGCACAUAAGGAAGGAUUUACUGCACAGAUACAUUGAACAAGUUGUGGUGAUCUCUUGUACGGCUCUUUUGUAAAGGUUUUCACUCAUUAAAUGCAUGAUCAUAACAAGGCACAGCGUUGUUUAGCAUCCUGACAGCUUGUAUGACUUGUGGUCCCUCAUUGAAACCUCAAACAACAGUAGAUUCAGUUUCAUUUGCAAUAAGCAGCCUUUAAUCAUCUUUCCAUUUGAGCAAGCCACUCAGAGAAGUCAGUGAGUCUGCCUUUUAAUGGCUCACACUUGUGGCAGUGGUGACUUGUGUUCCUUUGUUAUAUUCUUACAUAUUUCAUGUCCAGUUACAUUUUGCAUUCCUGUGCAUUGCCAUGUUUGUAUAAUAUAUAGGUAGCGCAACUUCAAGGCCAGAUUUGAAGGAACCAUUUACAGUAUUUGUGAUAAACCAGUGUUUCAGCUGCCUUGACAAACGAUUACCAAUCAGUUUUUUUCCUUAAUUUUCUGUGUAACUGUUGCCUUUUGACUGAUCAUUAUCCUUUAAUCACUGAUGAAGACGUGUUUAAUUGCUGUUGCCCUGAUUGCUCUGGACAACAGUGUAAGUUUUUGCUGCUGACUUAAAUGUGUGUUGUUUGUUUGAUAUUUUUGAAUCAAUAUUAGUCAUUUGGACUGAAGGACUAACAGACUAAAGUAUGAAAUUUGAAUCAAAUGUAUACACAGUUUUUGGGGUAAUUAUUCAUUUUUAUUCAGCAAUGCACGUUAGGACAAAGGUUUCUAACUUAUUUAGCAUUUUGCGUGUGUACUUUUUCAGUUAUCACAAAAGGUUUUAGUCUUUCCAAUCAGAUGACUUUUAUUCGUGUGUUUUGGUCUUUGUAAUACUUUUUUUUUCUCAGAUGGAAUUUCUUGGUGCUUAAAUACUCUUAUGUACCCGUUUUAAAGCUCUGUUCUGCAUAUCCAUAUGCAAGACCUCACACAUGUCCACAGUUAUACAUAGAUUGUUCUUUAAAGGAAUGUUGGAAGUCAGCAUUACCAAGUAGGUUUUUCACUUACAAGGAAUUUGAUUUGUUUAUGGUGCAUACAUUAAACAUACAAUAAACAUAUUAAGAGGAAUAAGAAUAAGGCAAGUACUGCAACACUCAAGAACAUAAAUUAAGAAUAGAAAAGUUACAAUAAAAUAUGACAAAGAUAUAUUUUUUUAAAGUAUUAUAACAUAAAAAAUAUGUAUAACCUCCUGAGUCCUGAACUUUUGUUAGCUAUUUGUAAUUGGCAGAGCCCGAUAAGUAUAAAAAACGAAAUAUUGUCGACGAUAACUAAGUCCAAAUGUCCUCAAACAAGACCGUAAUGAAAUCAAACGAGUACAUCCUAAUUAACAGCAUCUUACCAUACUGUUGCUAAAAUUGGUCAAAUUUGUUGCCAUAUCAAACUACAAACAUUAUUAAUCAUAAGUUACGAAGUUGCAAUCAUUAAAUGUGAUCAGGUUUUGGACCUUGUCCACUUUUGUGUCGGAAUCGGCUGCAGACUGGCUGUAGAGUUGGCUGCCAUCUUGUUUUUACAUGGAUUAGUGUAUUGUGCUCUUACUGCCACUAGAUGGCACCAAAAUGUGCCCACGAACAGGGACAAUAGGUCUAAGUUACAUAGAAUCAGUGGUGUAGUGGAAGGUAUACGCAGGUAUACGGGGUAUGCCCACUUCUUUUUCGGGCCAUUUACAGUAUACCCACCUAUCAGCGAAAAAGCCAUUGUAAUAUAUAGGAGAGUAUACCGACUUCCUCCACGCUAAUCUGUCCAUCUACUUAGUAGUACACCCACCUCAUCAACUACCACUACACCACUGCAUAGAAUGAAGUAUAAGGUCAAGUAAACCCAAAAUAUGAUGUCCUGAUAUGUGGACACAGGGUCUAAGGAGGAUAAUACGGCUGAUGAGCAUGGGGAAAAAGAAAUUGUAACUGGGUGUACUGAUUAACUGGAGGCUGAUAUUACUCUCUUUAAGAGGCUAUGACAUCCAUCUAUUGGUACUAACCAUUGGUACCAACCAUGUCAGCAUAGGUUGCCAUAAAGGGGCCAAAUGCUCCAAAGUUGGGCAAAAAUUUGGCGAGGGAACAACUGGCAUGGCGAUUUUCAAAGGGGUCCCUUGAACUCUCACCUCAAGAUAUCUGAAUGAAAAUGGCUUCUAUGGGCACCCACGAGUCUCCCCUAAACUUAAAGGCUCGUUCCCAAUAAAUGUUUUGUUCCUUACAGUCAAUGUACUCCCACAAAAAGGACAACCAGCUUUUUGACGAACAAUGACUUCCUUAAAAUGUAUUGAUAUAUAACACAUUAAAACAGGAUUGUUGUGGAACUCUAAAUGUUAACUGCACCAGUAUCAGUCUAAGAUAAUUAGUAAUAUUAACUGUAAAAUAAGAAACCAAAGUAUAUCAGGAUGCGAUUCCUUCCCUCUCCAUACAGUUUUCAGCUAGCCUUAUACUUCAGCAGCAUAAGCAAGUUCCUGAAAUUCAGUUCUGGCUUUUGCUUUUGCCCCGAUGAAAAAUUUUCUGGGGGCACCACUGCACAAAUGGAAAAAUGUGUUUCAGUUUCUUAGUGGACAUGUGUGUAUUCUACAUUGAUAUUUGGUGCACUUUUUUAACAAUAUGAAAAAUAUUCAGCAAUAUAUAUUCUGGUUAAUCGCUAGGCAUGACUGACGGACAAUCAUUUACAACAUUUUUAUUGUCAGCCUGAAUAUGAACAGUGUUUUACUGGUUGAUUAUCUUCAGUCACCAUCAACAUACAGGCUGCCCAAUACUGAACCCAGAAAACCCACAGUACAUUAGUAACGCUGACUUUCUGUUUGUAAUUAAACUAGCAGGCUUACGUGAUGUCGCAGUAGUCAAGAUGAAGGCCACAUAUCUCUGUAGUGGUCGUCCCUGUUUAGGUCUGAAAUGACAGUGUGUAAGAUGACUUUUUAUCUGAAUUUUUCUUUUUGUGCAAAGCUCCUUUUACAGUAUGUAUGUACAGUAUACCUGCAAAGUACAAAGCUGAAUUACUGGCAUCACACAAAGCCAUUUCCAUAUCAGUGGGAUACAUAUGAUGUGAGGUUCUACCUAAUGUUUUAACUUUAGAAAGGUUUUGCAAGAAAGAUCGCACUGCACCACUCAUUUAUGAAGUUAAAGGUACUAGUAUAGAAAUCUUUUCUACAAAACACAAAUCCCUAAAUGAGUUGCAUAUCAUUAAGCUGAAAUAGAAAAGCUGAAAACAAAAACAUUGACUGAGAAGUUACAUUAGAAGCAGGAAGCUUAAACUGUAAACCACAUUGUUCUUAGCUUAUUUCACUGGAAGCUGAUGGUUAUCUGUCACUUAACAUUGUGAUAUGUUUUUUAUUUCUUUUGCAGAUUCUAUCAGUUUCAGUUUUAAGGUCUAAUGGGGUCAGUAUACAUGACACGGUGUCUGAAUACAGUUUGGUGAUUUAGCAAGUCAUAUAUCACAGUAUUAGCUUGACUUUGUGAGAAUGUUUUUCUUUUCGGUUGUGUAUUUGGUUGUAAAAGAAUUAAGCUAUUUUUGUAAUUACUUCUCUAAAAAUGUAUAACGUGAAAUCCGGUCAACUAAACAUGUAGACUGAAGUCAGCUCUCCAGUUUCAUGUUUUUUGUCUAUUAAAUCAUAAUCAUGUAAAAUUAA